AUGCCGGAUCAGGGUUGCCAUCGUUCUGAGAAUGAGACGGCUCAGAACGCUUUACUUCAACAAGUCGCAGCGUUAGAAUCAGAAAUGGAGGAUACGCGGGCUCAAAUAGCACAGAAGCAGGCCUUUUUGCUUGAACAAGAACAGGAACGUCGACGAUUGGACACACAACUGAAUGCUCUAUCACCAAUCGAUCAACUUCCAGCGGAGGUUAAGACUGAAAUUUUCUACAGUGUAUGCAGGAAUCCUUUUUUUUUAGGUAAAAUUUGCCGAGGUUGGAGGGACUUUGUGUGGUCGUCUCCCGUGCUUUGGACGAACAUACACCUCGAAGUAACGAAAAAAAAUCGCAAAGUUCAAGCCAAUCUUCUCAGGGACUGGCUCUCUAGAACUGCGGGGUGUCCCCUUACCUUUUGUCUUGCGUUGGAAUGGAGUCAUAGCCGGCAUCACUGGAACGGGGGGAGCUCUUUCAAACAAAUCUUGACCAUGUUAGCGUCCGUGUCCACGCAAUGGAAAGAGGUCGAGUUCUUCCUCCCCAACAGCCAAGUUUGUUUUGAUGCCAUCUCCACGGCUGAAAAUUCCCUUCCUCUUCUCACCGACGCUACUGUUGAUUUUGAUUUUGAUUCAGGAGAACGACCGUUCAAUCUAUUCUCAGUGGCCCCACAGCUCUCAACGCUUUGUAUUGACAAUAACCGCCUGGCCAAUGUCUUGGCUCCGUGGCACCAAAUAAAGGAUUUCACUUCGUUCACUAUUUCACUGGAUGACGUUCGAGGAUUUCUCCAAAAGGCGCCUAAUGUUAUUCGCUGCACAGUCGACGAUGAUGGGUCCGAAUCCAUCCAGGGCGAACCGCAAGACACGUUUGUGAGGCCCCUCGUGUUGGAACGUCUGGAGUAUCUCGAGCUCCAGGUUGUUUCAGAGGGGGUCGGGAUAACUCGACUUUUAGAGUCGGUCGAACUCCCUGCCCUUCGUGAGGUCAAUCUCACCAGUCAUCUUGACUACUCAUCGCUAGCCAUAUUGCCUGCAAUUAUGAUAUCAUUUUGCUCCUCGCAUCUCUUGGAAACAUUCACCUUUACAGGUUCAAUUACUUCCGACGAUGAAUUAAUUCAGGUUUUGAGGUAUAUCCCAUCUACAAAGGAAUUAAGCCUCGAUUCUGGCGAGUAUCACCCACAUCUAUGUCCGCUACUCACAGAAAAGCUUCUCCAACGACUCUACCCGCCCCAUGCAGAUAUUCUUCUUCCGAAUCUGCGUAGCUUCACGUACUGUGGCCCUAGUACAUUUGACGAACACAUGCAUAUGUUCCGCGAUAUGCUUGUGUACAGGUUCCGACAGUGCGCUUUGCGACCAGCCGAAGUGGACUCAAAACGAGCGACUGUAUCCCGGAUUCAAUCAGUGACUGUGGUGACCGCGUCUAGACUUGUCAUCAGCCCGGAUAUACAAGAAGAAUUGGAUUGCCUCGUGAAUGAAGGCCUUGAACUUUCGUUAACAUCUACUCUCCAAGUCGAGUAG